UUUCUUUUUGGCGUGCCAAACCCAAAAAUUUCUAGCCCAGUUGAGCCUCACAUUUCCUCCUCCACACUCUUUAUAAACUCCACCAAACCACAACCUUCUCUUGGUUUCAGUCUCUCUCUAGCUCAAGCUCUCUUUGUCUUCUUCAGUUUUUCGUUUGUGAUUUCACAUUUCUUCUCUCGAUCAGCAUGGCUCAGAAGGUGGUCUUAAAGGUUUUGACCAUGACAGAUGAGAAAACAAAGAAGAAAGCCAUUGAAGCUGCAGCAGAUAUAUUUGGGAUUGAUUCGAUCGCGGUAGAUCUGAAGGACCAGAAACUCACAGUGGUGGGAAUGAUGGACACAGUUGCAGUGGUGAAGAAGCUGAAGAAGGUAGGUAAAGUUGACAUAAUAUCGGUUGGUCCAGCCAAAGAAGAGAAGAAGGAAGAAAAGAAAGAUGAGAAAAAAGAGGAGAAGAAAGAGGGCGAGAAAAAAGAAGAGAAGAAGGAAGACAAGAAAUGAGCAGUAGUUUUACUGUGAUGAUCAUAUGCUUCAUGUAAUAGUAGAUCAACUUCGUGUAGUGACAGUUGUUCAUGUGAAACUACGUACUCUACUACUUCUGAGUGAAGUUAUAAAAGUUACAUGCGUUAAUGCACUGUAAAAUCUCAUUUUUGGCAAUGUAAGGGUUUUGAUGAUUUUGUUUUCA